AUGGAAGAAAGAGAAACCAUUGCAGAAUAUAUGUUCAAAAUCAAUGAUCUUGUAAACAAUAUGGGAGCUCCUGGUGAAGAUAUUAAAGAUUCUGAUGUGUGUAAGAAAAUUCUUAGAUCUCUCACUUCCAGAUUCAAUGCCAAGGUCACUAUUCUAGAAGACAAAGAUUUAUCUAAUAUGAAGAUUGAUGAACUUCAAGCAUCUCUUACAGCUUAUGAGAUGAGAGUUGGUCCUCCUACUCUGCAUAGAAGAGAAACAGCACUCAAAGCCAAGGAGAAUGUUGAAGAAGAUGAGUCUAAGUCAAAAGAUGAUCUUGAAGAGGAUGAAGUAGCUUACCUUGCUAAGAAAUUCAGAAAAUUCAGGUUUAAAAGGAAAUCUCAAUUGCAGAAUCUAACUUGCUAUGGGUGUGGCAAGCCUGGUCAUAUUGUAUCUAAGUGUCCUAACUCUAAAGGGCAAACUCAGAGAAAGUUUGAAGGACUUAACAAUAAAGGAAAGUUUGGAAGAAAAGCCUUACUUUCAGACUGGCAAACAGCCAUUGAAGAAGAAGAGAAACUUAAAGAAGAUCAAGAAGAUGAAUGUUUAUUCAUGGCCAUUCUAGAACCAUCAAAAGAGUCUGUUGAAACUGAAGAAGAUACUGACACAGAGAUUGAGGAAAUUCUGGAAGAAUGUGAAAGACUUGCUGUGAAGUGUAAUCAACAAAAAUCUCAAAUCAGGAAGCUAAAUUCAGAACUAUUAAGUUGCAAGGAACUUCAAGAUCACUACGAUGUAUAUGAAGAGUCAGACCUAACUCAAGGAGUGAAAGUUAAAGACAAAGGGUCAGUAGUGAAAUCUAAGAUGAUGUGGAUCCCCAAGAAGCUGAACUCUAUAAGUCUUCUUGUGUAUACAGCUUUUAAAGCCUGUAAUACUCAGGACAAAUGGUAUGUUGACAGUGGCUGUUCGAGACACAUGACAGGUGAUGGCUCAAAAUUUAACUCCUUACAGCAGUUUGAUGGUGGAAAUGUUAUAUUUGGGGACAAUCAAAGAGCUAAGAUUGUUGGAAUUGGCACUGUGAGUAAGUUUGAAGAGUUGCCAGAGAUUCAAGAAGUUCUAUUGGUUGAAGGGCUCAAGCAUAAUCUCUUAAGUGUAAGUCAAUUAUGUGAUAGUGGGAAGGAAGUCUGCUUUAACAAAGAAAGAUGUAAUGUGAUUGAUCUAGAAUCAAAACAAGUUAUGUUCUCAGCAAGUAGAUCCUUAGGAAAUGUCUACACAGUCACUAAAGAAAGUCAGGUCACCCAAUGUAACUUAACAGCCUGUGAUGAAGCUAAGUUGUGGCACAAGAGGUUAGGUCAUCUUCAUUUAAGGAACAUGUCCAAGAUAUUGAAGCUGAAAGUUGUUAAAGGUCUGCCUGACAUUUGUUUUAAGGAUGAUCAUCUUUGUAAAGCAUGUUAA